AUGCCUCAAUAUCUCGUUAGGCUUGCGCAAGCACAUGAGAGCUUUCGGAAAGUCGAAUUGCAAGCGUUAGCGGAUGUGGCUGGAGUGCCUUUACAGUUCGUCAAAUAUGAAGAAGAUUCACCCUACUGCAUUGUCGAUCUGCCGUCAGACGCUGCGGCACGAAAAGUCAUUGCACGGAGCAUCCUAGCACAGGGCAUAUACGAGCUAUGGGGUCAGGGAUCAACAUACGACGCCCUUCACGAUUCCGUCCGCAGUCUGACCACGUCCUGGUGGCCCCAGUACAUUACCGCAUCCUUCCGCUUUACCAUAGAAGGCUAUCGCGGUAGUAGAUCAAAUGAUGAGCAGCGCGACAUCAUCGACAGCUUCUCAUACAUGGCUUUCAAGGGGCCACCACGGAUGCGAAACCCAGAUGUCGCAUUCCGUGUCUUCGAAGACUACGAUCUUGAUGUCAAAAAGCCAAAGUACCUCUACUUCGGCCGCUUUAUUGCCGACUCAUGUCGUAAUGAAGCCAAGAAGACAUUCGAUCUCAAGAAGAGACAUUACAUCAGCACUACAUCUAUGGACGCCGAGCUCACCUUGCUAACGGCUAACAUCGCACACGUGGCACCCGGGAAGUUGUUUUACGACCCUUUCAUGGGCACGGGCGGUUUCCCAAUAGCAUGCGCUCACUUCGGAGCAGUGGUGUUUGGGAGUGACAUCGACGGCCGCACUAUCCGCGGCCUUGGAGGAAGCGCGAGAAGAGGACAGACUGGGAAGUACGAUGUCGUCGGUAACUUCAAGCAGUACGGUAUGGAGCCAAGUUACCUAGGUGCAUUCGUCUCCGACCUUACCAACACCCCACUGAGGAUACCGCCACCCAACAAAGACCACACGACAGGCUAUCUUGACGGCAUCGUGUGCGACCCCCCCUACGGUAUCCGAGAAGGCCUCAAAGUCUUGGGAUCCCGGCAAGCGCUUCUUGAAGUAGAAAGACAAUCCCACCAAGACCAAUUCAAAGAGCCCGGCUACAUACCCCCGAAACGGCCUUACUCCUUCACCGCGCUUCUCGAUGACAUACUAGCCUUCGCAGUCGCUACGCUAGUGGAAGACGGUCGAAUCAGCAUGUGGAUGCCAACCGCGAAUGACGAGGACAUCGAGCUGAUAAUACCAUCACAUCCCUGUCUCGAACUGACAUCAGUCUGCGUCCAGGCCUUCAAUAAGUGGUCACGCAGACUAUUGACGUAUCGACGGCGCCGAGAAUCGGAGGUGCCUGAGGGCGCGCUUGAAGCGGUUAAGAGGGAGUAUGAGAAGGGUACUAGGGCUAGUGAGCUAAAUGACUUCCGCAGGAAGUACUUCCAAGGCUUCAAGGAGUUUGAGAGCAUGAAGAAGGAGUUUAUUAGGAUGAAGGUGGAUUCUAAGGCCACUGGAGAAACACCUGGUGCCUUGGAGAAGGAUGAGACCAAAAUAUAG